AUGUUUGCUAAACUUUCUAGCGAGGGCUUCAAUAGUGCCUUUAGAAGAUGUGUUUCUACUGGCUCUGCUAAAAGUAUUGUCUCUAAGGCUAGAUUGAUUCCGACCUCUGCCCUCGUGUUUCUUGGUGUUGCUGGUGUUGGCUUGUAUUCUCUUGAUGCCCGUUCUGCCAUCAAUGAGUAUGUAUGGUGUCCUCUAAUCAGAUGGUGUACCACUGCUGAGCAAGGCCACCGUCUUGGUAUUAAUAUGUUGAAGUACGGUUUGUAUCCACGUGCCUUCGGCGACCAUGAUGAUCCUGUAUUAGAGGUAAAAGUGUUCGGAAAAACCAUGGUUAAUCCGAUUGUCAUGGCUGCAGGAUUUGAUAAGCAGGGUGAGGCUAUAGAUCCAUUGUUUCAGCUUGGAUUUGGUGGUGUCGAAAUUGGUACCAUGACCCCUGAACCUCAGUUUGGUAAUCCAAGGCCUAGAUUCUUUAGAUUACCUGCUGAUGAUGCCGUCAUCAACAGAUAUGGUAUCAACUCAGAUGGCCAUAUCAAGAUUCUCUCUCGUUUGCGUGUUCGUUUCGAAAAGUAUAUGAGUAAGGCCAACUCUUGCAAAGAUAAUAAUUCUUUCAGGGAUGGUAAGAUGUUGCUCAUCAAUAUUGGUAAGAACAGAGAUGGAGAUGACGUCAAGGACUAUCUUGUUGGUGUUGAAAGAUUUGCUCCCUAUGCAGAUGCAUUAGUUCUUAACGUUUCUUGUCCUAGUGCCCCUGGCAUGAGAGAUUUACAGGAAGGUUCUGUUUUGACCAAGCUUUUAACUGCUGUUCGUGAAGAAAGAGACAGGGCUCAACCAGAACUUGUCGAUCCUUCUAGAAAACCUCCAAUUAUCGUCAAGGUGGCCCCAGAUUUAUCUGAAAAGCAGAUCGCCGAUAUUGCAAAGGCUGCUAAGAAGGCUAAGAUUGAAGGAAUUCUCAUGUCCAACACAACAGUUAAGAGGCCUUCCUCUCUCCUCACUAAGGGUGCCGUUGUUGGUGAGAAAGGUGGAUUAUCUGGUGCUCCGUUGAAGGAGAUCUCUUUGAAGUCGUUCCGGAUUUUGAGAAAGUAUACUAAGGACUCUGAUUUGGUUUUGAUUGGUUGUGGAGGUAUUUUCUCUGGAAAAGAUGCCAUUGAGUAUGCCAAAGCUGGUGCCACAUUCGUUGAAUUGUACUCUUCUUUUGCUUACAAGGGUACCGGAUUAGCCUCUAAGGUUAAGGACGAGAUCGUUCACGAGCUUAAGAAAGAGGGCAAGACCUGGAUGCAGAUCAUUGGUACGGAUGAUACAGAAUAG